AAUGAAAUGGGACAGAACCAAGGUAGGGUUGGGGAGCAACAGGGGACAUUGGAGGAAAAGGAACCCAGCCCAGACCCAGGGGGUAGCAAGAAGGAAGGAAACGCAAGCGAGGUGACCUGCAGAGAGGUGGAGGAUGAAGCGAGACUGGUUAGGGAAAGGCUGGAUGUGAGCCCAGGCACAGAGCCAGCAUCACCUACUCUGAAGCUGGAUACUCACUCUCACAAAAAAGGGGCCCCUCCUAUAGACUGGGAAUGGAUACAGGGAGGGGAUGGAGAAAGAGAGGGAGGAAGAGAAAGAGGAGAGGGUGAGGGAGGCAGGACCGAAGUUCGAGGUUUGCAGAAGCUGUACAAUAUUAGAGUCACUAAGAGAGGCACGUUGAGCACUGAAGUGGCCGGGUCUUCAAAACCAGAGCACAUAACUGUGACAGAAAGGAGCAACAGGAUGGACCUGGAGAACUCAGUGAAUGACAGUCAAGAAUGGAAGGUAAUUCAUAAGGACAACAUCCAGGACCUUGCAUGGGACUCAUCUAGCAGAGUGGAGAAUGUUGAUUUUCAACAAUCCAAAUCAUCAGUCAGUGAGGAGAACAGUGUCACUUCAGAGGUUACAGGCAGCCUUAAGAAACAAGAUGGAAGCAGCAUGACCGAUACUGUGGCUGUUCCUGGCGUCAAUGCCUUAAUCGUCACAGAGGAUUUACCUGAUGAUAAUUUUCCAUUUGAAAUGCCUAUUCCGAAGUCUGAGGCACCAACCAAAGUCACAGAGAAGAACAAUCUAGACACACUGAAUGCUCUAUUACAAAAGAAUUUACCUGGAGAAAAUCCACUAUGGCAAGACAGACCUGCUGCCAUCUUAAAGUCCUGUGAACCAAGCUUGGCUGAAGAAGACAGAGGAAAAUUAUCACUUUCUACUUCUUCUAGAGACAACCUACCAUUAAAAUGGAGAUCAACCAAAUCUGAAUGCCAGGAGAAAAUCACUUCUAUUGAACCAGGUAGUUCAGGAGUACAGGAGCAUGCAGCAACAUCAGAACAAAUAUAUGGAACAGAGAUACCAUCUCUUGCAAUGAUGUUUGACCUGUCGGAUAGAUCGGAGCUCAAAACAACAGAGAUGUUAUUACCGAACAGUGGAGAUGUCUGUGAUUUUGCCACGACAGUGGAGAGCAAAAUCAGGGAUAACUUUGGAAAAAUAAAAAAACACCAUGCUACAGGUAGUAAUAUAGAGAGUAGUGACACAACAGAGAAGAGCAUGACUAAACCAGAUUCCUCAGUGAUGGCACCUUUGGGCCUUGCAAUCUACAAAGUUCCAAACGUGUCAGGGUUCGAAGAGCUACCCGAAGAGGAGAAGCACUGGUCUAUGCCAGACAAAACUGACAUCUCAUGCAAUGCAGGAGGAGUGUAUAAGGAGACUGAAGAGUUCCCUCCUGAACAAGAAGAUAGAGUUGAUUAUUAUCCCCCAGCAGAAACAGCCAAUAUCCAAACUGAAAAAACUCCUCAGCAGUUUUUGGCAGUGGUGACUGGACAGUCAGAGAUGCUGUCACUCCCUGACAUAACAAAGGGCAAUAUGCGUGAAAUGGAUCCCCAUCUGGCCUUGUAUGCAGCCAUGGAAUCUAAAGAUGCUCUUGUUAGGGAGAGUGAAAUGAGAAAUCGAGACAUGUUUUUGGUUAAAGCCACGGAAUCAGAGAGCGACUGGGACGAACUAUCAGACAAAAUGAUGUUUUCCAAACAAGACAGGGAUAAAGGAAAUACUAUGGCAACAGAGAAAAACUUGGAGGAGCGAUCAACUGUAAUGUUAGAGAAAAAUACCGACAAAUCCUUUGGUGAGAUGACAUCAUCAAAGAGGGACAGAGACAACCAGAGUGUCGCCAAAAACCUCACUUCAGUUACUGAUAUUCAUCAGCAAGCAUCUGUAUCCAUUUCUAACUCCAAGCUCGAGAGCACUGCAGGUCAUGAAGAGGGCAGGCAACUACUGUCACUUGUAGAAUCAAAGAUUUGUGUACCUUUGACUGAAAUUUCAAAAUCUAUGGAGUGCCAUGAAUUAAAGGAUAUGACAAAUGAGACAAAGCCUUGCAUUGAAGACCCCAUAAAAGCAUUCACUAUUCCUUUCAAGGAUGGAUGUGGGAGUUCUGUAUCGCAGAUCCCUGGGAUUGAUAAUGCCACCACUCCUCUAGACGUGCAGAAUCCCCCGCAAGUGUGCUGUAUGCAACACAAUACAGGCCAAAACAAUCCUCCACCGCAAUCCAUUGGACAGUCUCAUGCUUCUGACCGUGACACUAUUAUUCUAAGCCAAACUGACCAAAACAUCGAAACAAGGAACGAUCAGACUCCUGUAUCUGCUCAGGGUGGCGUCCCAGCAAGGGAAAAAGCAGAAAACCCUCCAAAAGGCAAGCCUGUGUCUGACCUGAUAAAAGAAACCAUCCAGCUGCAUGAGAAGAGGAAGGAGUGGACCAAACCUGCCGAUGCUAAAGCUGAUGUGGUCUUGGACUCUGCACAGUCUGUCAAAGUGGCACAGAUGAAGGCAGCAUUCGACUCGCCAAAAAAGUCACUGGAUAAAGGUCUGGAAAAAAAACCUUCAGUGAGGAAAGAUAUGAGACGGGUGGUGCGGCAGAGUAAGUUCCGGCACGUGUUCGGCCAGGCGGUGAAGAACGACCAGUGCUACGAUGACAUCAGGGUGUCUCGGGUGACGUGGGACAGCGCCUUCUGCGCCGUCAACCCCAAAUUUGUCGCCAUCAUCGUGGAGGCCAGCGGUGGCGGAGCGUUUAUGGUUCUGCCUCUUCAAAAGUCGGGUCGUAUAGAUAAGUCCUACCCGACAGUAUGUGGACACACAGGGCCAGUGUUGGACAUCGACUGGUGUCCUCACAACGAUCAGGUGAUCGCCAGCGGCUCAGAGGACUGCACCGUCAUGGUGUGGCAGAUCCCCGAGAACGGUUUGGUGACCUCCAUGGCGGAGCCUGUGGUGGUGUUGGAGGGCCACUCCAAACGGGUGGGCAUCAUCACCUGGCACCCGACGGCCCGCAACGUUCUGCUCAGUGCUGGUUGCGAUAAUGUGAUCAUGAUCUGGAACGUGGGCACGGGAGAGGCGCUCAUCACGCUGGAGGACAUGCACCCAGACGUCAUCUUCAGCGCGUGCUGGAACCGCAAUGGCAGCCUGAUCUGCACCGCCUGCAAGGACAAGAAAGUGCGCGUCAUCGACCCGCGCAAGGAGGAGAUCGUUGCGGAGAAAGAUAAGGCCCAUGAAGGAGCGAGGCCCAUGAGAGCCAUCUUCCUGUCUGAUGGGAACGUCUUCACCACUGGCUUCAGCCGCAUGAGCGAGAGGCAGCUCGCACUCUGGAACCCGCAAAACAUGGAGGAGCCGAUUUCAGUCCACGAGAUGGACACCAGCAACGGAGUCCUCCUGCCUUUCUACGACCCUGAUACCAACGUGGUGUACCUGUGCGGAAAGGGUGACAGCAGCAUCCGCUACUUUGAGAUCACUGACGAGGCGCCGUACGUGCAUUACCUCAACACGUUUACCACCAAGGAGCCGCAGAGGGGCAUGGGAUACAUGCCCAAGAGAGGCCUGGACGUCAACAAGUGUGAGAUCGCCAGGUUUUACAAGCUGCAUGAGAGGAAAUGUGAGCCCAUCAUCAUGACAGUGCCAAGAAAGUCGGACCUGUUCCAGGAUGAUCUGUAUCCGGACACGGCAGGGCCCGACUGCGACCUCGAGGCCGAGGACUGGUUUGAGGGCAAAAACAGCAAUCCUGUCCUGAUCUCGCUCAAGGACGGCUACAUCCCGGCCAAGAACCGCGACCUCAAGGUGGUCAAGAAAAACAUUCUGGACAACAAGCCCAAGCCCAGCAAGAACGCAGAGAACAACGCCGCUGCUCCCGCCACCAAAACGGCCAGCGCAACUGCGAGUGUCAAAGGUGAAGCGAAGUUGGACGAGGUGCUGAAAGAGAUCAAAUCCCUCCGAGAGCUGGUGAGCUGUCAGGAAAAGCGAAUCGCCAAGCUCGAGGAGCAGUUGUCCCAGAUGGACGUCUGAAGGACCCAGUCCCUUUUCCCCUCCCCAGCUACUGUUCAGGAAAUUCUAUUGGCCAGGUGGGCGGGACUAGUCACUGCCAGUCACCGCGACUUCGUUCCGCCUGAAACCUGCCCAACAUUCCAAGAUGAACUUUUCUUUUUUUUUUUUUUUUUUCCGUUCUUUUUUUCUAACCCCUUGAACCAGUUACAUUUGCAAAAUGACAGCGGCAGAGAGACGAAGCAUAGGUCUCUCUCAAAAGCCAAGAAUUUCUUUUUACUAAACCUUGUUCCAAAAGUGGCACUUGUGUUUUAUUUGGUGUUUUCGAAAGUUGUUAAGCAUUCAUUCUUUUCUUAGAGUCCAAAAAAAAAAAAAAAAAUCGUGACCAAUAUUCCAAUGUGAAGCAUUCGCUGAACUUGUGUGCUCAAAUAUUGAUUUGCAUUCAGUAUUCAGUAUUGCAUUCCUCACCAUCCCUUCUUCUUUGUUGCCAAAUUUUUAGAGGAGGCUCAUAUACGGGUCUCCUUGACAGUAUUUGACCAUUUGAUGAUUUUUUUUUUUUUUAAUACACUUUAGUCCACUUUGUACUAAUAAGGGACAUUGCAAUAGGCUGGUAAUGCAAGUGAGGGGAUUUAUUUGAUUUAUCUGACCAUUUAAAAGGUCUCCGUACAAGAAAUAUUCAUGUUUGAAGCUGAUUUUAACCAAGCAGGCUGUACGUACAGAUUGACAGAGGAAAGCAACAUCCACAUAUUGAAACAGUUUUAUGUUUAGCUCGAUCUUUAUUCAGAAUUCUGUUUAAACAUGAACAUUUAGAGCAUUUUUUUUUUUCUGUUUGGAAAUGGUUUGUAUAGUGGUGUAACUUUUCAGCAUUGUUAUUCCAGUGGCCAUGAACACUGUAAGACAGUCUUUGAGGUCUGUCUUUUCUCAUCAUUCCAGACGCUUCCCUCUUUCCCAGAAAAUCCCAGUAUCUUCUCAUUAUCCUAAGUGCAUGGAAUAAAGAUUUUUUUUUUUUCUAAUUUCUCAACACAUUCCUGGAUUUCCCCCAGUCUUGUUGUGUGUCUUCGGUUAUAUAGUUGAAUUUAGAGUCUUAGAAGGAAGAAUUGAGAGGAAAUACCACAUCAUUGGUUUUCCACAUGAUAUUCCAAGUUUAGAAAUAGUCAGCAGCACUUUUUUUUUUUUUUUUUUUUUUUUUCCUUCCCCAGGCAUCUCUAUGAUUCAGUUUUUACAUUUUACAUCGAAUCAAUUCUGUUAUACAGACAGGGCCUGAUUCUGGAUCAAGCCUCUUUAAUUAGUUGGUGAAGUGAUAUUUGAACAAAAGAACACCAACAUGGCCAACUUUUUGUUUACCCUUAGCCAUGUUAGCAUUGUUCAUCAAGCCACCCUUUUCUUUCACUUUUUUUUCUCCCCUGAUCGAAGUAUUACCAUUUGUAACUCCAAAUUUAACCUCAUAAGACCAUUAUCUCAGAAAUUCAGUUCCUCAAUAUGUUUAGCAGAAAAUGUUUGUGUGGGCGAUAUCAGCGGAGGUCUAGACUGACACCCUUACCCUACUCUUCACUUCCUGUUUCCGUUGUGCAGGAAGUGACUGCCCUGCUUACUUAUCCAUGCAAAACCAACUCUUUCUAAGGGUGUAGCUCAAGUUUGUCUAGACAAAGUCCUAUAUUCUAUAUCCUAAAGUCUGCUAUAACUGAAGAGUAACACACUCUGACUCAGAUUCAAACAUGCUUGAUGGGCGAGGUGCUCCAGGGUCAGGCGAAUAUAACGGUGAUUUCACACUUGGCUGUUUUGUUUUUUUGUUUUUUUUUUUUUCCUCUGAUGCAGAAAAAGCAUUGGCCAGAGCACUGUUUGGCUGUUUGCCCUUGCUGUAGCUUUAGAGGCAGAAAAAAAUCAAAAGAAUUUGAACUGCUUGUGUGACUCUACUUCAUGCAACUACAGUUAAAGUAAUACAUCAUAUCAUGUAUCAGUGAAUGUCCCAAAAAUACACAAGCUCUUAUUGUUGGUUAUAGUGGAAUAUUAGUAAUGAAACAUUUUCCAUUCAAAACCUCCUCAUAUUAACUCACUAACGAUCAUUUUUCACUAAUUUCCCAAGUUGUGACCAGACUGAUUAGGAGGUUAAAAAAAAAAAAAAAAAAAAAAAAAAAACAGCAAGUGUGAAAGCACCCCAAGUAUGUUUGUUGUAAUUCGUGUAAUUACCUGUACGGCUAACACUCCCUUUUUCUUUUUUAAUCUUUAUGUUCUUCACUGAGGAACUGAGAGGUGUACGCAGGUGUUUUACAUCCUCUUUAUUGUUGCUCACACCACCUACAAGAAACGUACAAUACUUUUCUCUUUCACUAUGUCUUCAUUCGCACACAGUUUUAGAUCAGAAGAUUUUAGAUGGGAUUUGGUUGCGUAGAGAGCUUUAUUUACAUGUGCUAACGGGGUUAUCGCAAUGAGGAGAGUGAGCUAGUGGAGGAGAAGUUCAGGAAAAAUAGAUGUGCCAUUUUUGAUAUGCUAGCUAGGUUUUUAUGUAGGAUGCAUGCAUGGAAGAAUGGAAAGAUUUUACUGGUUAAAUUGCAUCUGAAUUGGUAGAUUGGUGUAAGAUGGGAAUGAUGUGGAGGGCAAGCGUGGUAGGGUUUGAGCCCAAUUUAGUGUUGUUGCCUUUUAGUUUGUAGCAAUUAUGUCUUUCAUAUAGAAUUGAGUUAAUGCUUUUUAUACCAUUUCUUGAUUCUGAUCAAAAGGUCAAAAGGUAUUCAUUGGAUAUAAAGUAUCAUUUGUCAUUCUUUAAUAAAAAAAAAAUAGUUUGCAUUGCCAAAUCGCUUUGGGGUCAAAACAGUAAGUCCACUUCACACACCCCAGUUGUUGAUUAUUGUCCAAUUAUAGCAUGCCCUGUUGUGUUUUUAUUCCUCCAAAACCAUUCCCUAGGGCAGCGGAGAGCAGUUUCAGGGUUGUAGUCAUUAGUUUCAAGCUAAGAAAAACAUUGAACUUCACCAUCAUGUGGCUCUACAGAACAUCACCCCUGUUUGAAAUGCUAAACUUCAGGUGGUUAGUUAGUAUUAUGCAAAUAUAGCUUCAAGAAUAAGAUUCUUAAAGAUGUAUUGGCAUCACUGCUCCAUUGGCUUUUGGUGUGUUAAGUGUAAUUAAUCAGAUUAAUUGGAUUUGUGAUUAAUCGUACCACUAGGACACCUUGUUGGUUGGAUCCCACUGGCUCAAUUGCUAGUGUUAGCGAAAUCAAACUUACUAGGUUUCCCAUUUAACUAAAAGUGGAAAUUGUGCUUUAUGAAGGUUGUAAUGGUUGAUUUUCCUCCGAGGUUAUGGAGUGUUUACACGUGUUUUGGUGUUGUGGUGUAACAGAGUAGGUGACAGACUCAAAGGAUUUUUGUAGGUUGACGAGAAGCUCGAACUAGAAAGCUUGGCGUAUGUGAUUUCAUGAAAUGCUCUGUAAAUAACUAUACUUUUUAUUCCAAUGCUGCCUCUGUCAAACUGCAUAAGAAAACGAAGCCAUAGUUUCCAAAGUCUCCCUGUUCACUUUAAAUGGAACAUAAAGUGAAUAAACCCAAUAAAAUCUGAAAAAAAAAAAGAUAA